AUGACUAGUGUGGCCGCUACGUCGCCGACGGUCAACGGCCGCCUGGCAGCUCCACACUCGCCAAUCGUGUCAACGUUCCACACUCAGCAAAUGACACCUCCGCACCACCAGAGCGCCGUCCGCAAGGCCUCGUCCUCGCACUCUCCACUCCUUGGGGUUCACGGAUCGCCCCUCUCGCCACCAGCUGCGGCGGCCAACCACCACCCAGGCUGCGUGCUCUGUGGAUACGUCGCCAGUGCCGGCGCCCAGUUCCUGCCCUCGGCGCCGUACGUGCCGUCGUCCCCCGUUGGUACAGCCGUGUCCCUUCCAUCACCAGCUCGUUCGCCAACACCCGACCUCUAUCGCGCCGGCCCCUCCAACAAGCCGUUCCCUUCCUCGCCCACAUUGAGGCCACUGCGGCUGCCCCAAACCGAGACGCUCGUCUCGGGCCACCGCAUCAUCUACCGCGACGACGCCAUCACAGUCUAUCCUGCCGAGGGCAAGGAGGCUCUCUGUCCAAGCGGCCGUCACCUUAUCAUUGUCAUCAACCGACACCUCACCAACGUGUACGACCUGGGUCCCUAUGACGUUCCCCUUCUUUCUCACAUGGUGAACACGGCUCACCGCCUGCUUCUCGCCCGCCACGCUUCGUCGGGCUCAGAAGCAGAGCGGCGCUUCACUGCAAAGGACGUGCGUGUCGGCUUUGUCAACGGAAUGCCAGCCGACCCCAGGUCUCCCCAUGCACACCUCCACGCGCACGCGUUCCUCGGUCCAUUUGACAAGACGCUGCCAGGCAGCACGCUGUGGCGACGCAACAUUGUGUUCAGCUACCUGAACUGGUGGGAGCUCGAGGACCUGCGCGCCGAAAUCCGAGAGGAGACGUCCAACAACCGCGUCAAGUCAGGCUACGACAGCCGCCUCCAGUCGCCCAUCGACAAGGUCCCAGACGCCGGCGCGCGAGAGGGACUGCCAAAUGCGCUGGAUCCAGACGAGUACGCAGACGGCGACGACGCGUUGGCCCACGCAAGGCGCAAGGCCAACUUGAAUCGCAAGGACUCGGCCCAGUCCAACGCCACUAUCAAGGCCCUCAAGACGAGCGACGAGCGCCAGCGGAACCGCCGAAGCACGAGCACAAGCACGAGCACAAGCAGCUCCCUCACCACGAGCUCGGCGAGCUAG